AUGAUCGAUGAUGUCGUCCGACUACUACGAGCUUUCGCAUUGCUGCCAAUGAUCAUCAUGUCGGGCUUCUUGUUAGCAUUUUGCAUGACCAAACCUUCUUCAAAUCGUGGAAAGGGUCUCUCGACGAAAACCGCGAGGAAGCCGUCGCAAACAUGCGUCGCUGUCAAAAUUGAGCCAACCAAGGAUGAGCAUACGGUGAUCAAACUUGGAAGUGGCGAGAAGGAAAAGGAUAAAGAAAAGGAGUCUUCUGGCGAUGUUUCGAAAACCCAACCGUCUUCAUUGAAUGCGAAAUUGAAAACGGACAAUCGAUCGAUUUGGGCGCAUCGAAUCGCGCAGCGGAAAUGCUCGCAAAUAUCGCAAGAGCACAAGGAUAAAAUCAAAGGCUACGUUGCUCCGAAUCAGACGUACAAUGCGUGCGAAGCGAACGCGAUUCUCAAUCGGUACACCGAUGUUCUUUGCAAUGACGCCACUCGAGUGGUCCUCAAAAAUCGGCCCAAUGAUUAUAUUCACGCUUCGUGGAUAAUAACUCCCGACAAAUCGUCAACCUAUAUAUGUGCUCAGGGACCACUUCCCGAGACGAUUAGCGACUUUUGGGCGAUGAUUUACCAAGAGAAAACCAAAAUCGUGUUGAUGCUUUGCAGUUCGUCGGAAGGCGGCGGUGAGAAAUGCGCAACUUAUUAUCCCGACAAGAAGACGGGAAAAGAGAAGUACGGCAACAUGUUGGUGGAGUUUGUCGUCGAAAAAGAGGAGCCGAUCGAGAAUGUGACAUGGACGGUGUUCAACGUCUCGAACGCAGACGACAAAAAAUCGGCGCCGUUCGAAGUGUACCACGUGCUCGUGCCGUGGUGGCCCGAUCAGUUGGCACCAUCCGAUGCGAAGCCAAUGGUGAAGCUCUACAAAUGGGUCAAGGAAAUCAAUACGAAAAACAGUCCGGUGGUUGUGCAUUGCAGUGCGGGUGUCGGCCGAACGGCGACAUUCGUGGGCAUCGAUUACGCGAACAUUCGGAUCAAGCACGACGCCAACAUUGAAUUGAUCGACGUCGUCAAAGAGAUGAGAGCGCUGCGAUAUCAGUCGAUUCAAUCGCAUAUGCAAUUUUUGUUCCUUCACGUGUGUCUCCUCGAAUAUUUCAUCGAGGAGGGAUUCGUCGAACGCGAUGAGAGCAUCAAUAAGUUUAUUGAGCAAUAUCGAUCGCAUGCGCUCAAGAAGUUGGCGAAACGAAAAGAAGAGCAAGAAAGCAACGAGACGCGCUACAAAAAAAAAGAAGCGUUUUUGCCAAUGAUAUCUGGAAACCGAGAUGCAAGGGACCCAAUUUUCGCCGCUCUCAUCGCAAUCAUCUCAUGCUCAUCUCCACUCGAGACCAGUGUUGUGGCUGGCGAGCCGGUGAGACUUCAGAUUCUCAAAGACAGCGAGGGAAUCAAGAAGCUCGUCGAUGAAACAAAACGGGAUUUCUAUCAUUUUUGCACGAAAAACGUCACCAACAACUGCGGUUAUUGGGUCGAUUAUAAGGGCGAUAAAAUUGCCGACGCCAAUAAUGAUGUGAAAGUCGAGAAAAUUGGUGGCGACUAUGUGGCGACUAUUUCGAAUAGUCGCUCGAAAGAUUCCGGCUUCUACACAUAUUUUCCAGUGUCGGAAGACACAUACCCAUGGGUGCACGUUUACAUCAAUGAGCCGCCACCAAGGCCACCAACACUCGUCGCCUAA